AUGGCAUCCCAACAACAACAACAAGCCACAGAAAGAUUACAACAAUUAUCUCAAAUCUUAAACCCCAACAAAACUGAUGCUUCAGGUCAAUGGCAUUAUCAUAGACGUGAACAAUCAUUAGCUCCAGAACAUCCCUUCAGAAUCGCCGUCAUUGGUUCUGGUAAUUGGGGGACAACCAUUGCUAAAGUGGUAGCUGAAAACGCUCAAGCAAGACCUCAUCUCUUCAGACAUCAUGUUAAAAUGUGGGUAUUUGAAGAAAAAGUUGAUGGAAAGAAUUUAACUGAUAUUAUAAAUACUAAUCAUGAAAAUGUUAGAUACUUACCAGGAGUUAAAUUACCAAAUAAUUUAGUUGCAGUUCCUGAUAUCGUUAAAACUGCUUAUGAUGCUGAUUUAUUAAUCUUUAAUUUACCUCAUCAAUUCUUACCAAAAAUUUGUGAACAAUUAAAAGGUCAUGUAUCUCCAAAUACAAGAGCCAUUUCAUGUUUAAAAGGGUUAGAAGUUACUCCAGCUGGAUGUAAAUUAUUAUCUACUGUUAUUACUGAAAAAUUAGGUAUAACAUGUGGAGUCUUAUCAGGUGCAAAUUUGGCUCCUGAAGUUGCCAGAUGUAAAUGGUCAGAAACAACCGUGGCUUAUAGAUUACCUUCUAGUUAUAGAGGUCCAGGUAAAGAUAUUGAUGAAUUUGUUCUUAAAGCUGCUUUCCAUAGACCUUAUUUCCAUGUUAAUGUUAUUCGUGAUGUGGAAGGUGUUUCUGUCGCUGGUGCUUUAAAGAAUAUCGUUGCUUUAACUGUCGGAUUCGUGGAAGGACUUUCAUGGGGAGAUAAUGCCAAAGCAGCCGUUAUGAGAGUUGGAUUAUUAGAAAUUAUUAAAUUUUCCAAUAUGUUUUUCCCAUCAUCUCAAAGUGAAACUUUUACCGCUGAAUCUGCUGGUGUAGCUGAUUUAAUUACAACUUGUUCAGGUGGUAGAAAUGUUAAAGUUGGUAGGUACAUGGCUGAAACUGGUGCUUCCGCUUUAGAAGCUGAAAAGGAAUUAUUGAAUGGUCAAAGUUCUCAAGGUAUCAUUACUGUCAAAGAAGUUCAUGAACUUUUAGUUAAUGUUGAUAAAUUAGAUGAUUUCCCAUUAUUUGAAGCAACUUAUCAAAUCAUUUAUGGUUCUGAAUCAAUUGAAAACUUACCAAACUUAUUAGAAAGAGAUUAA